UUUUUUUAAUUUAUUUUUUCGUAAUCGACACGCCAGAAUAGUGCAUAAAUCGCUGGGAAUGCCGUGCAAGUGUCGUCGAGUGUGUGAAAGUGGAGUUUCCGAAUCAGGCGAUUGAGAUCGUGUCCCCGCCUUUGCCCCGCCCGGCCCCGACUGACCCGCUAUCCGCGAACCGUGCUACCAAUAAAAAAUAAUUCUUUUUGCAGGCCAGCGACUUCUCCAAGACUUUCCACUGAAAUAGUGCAAAUUGAGAGCAGAAUUUUCCCCCCGUGUCCGCGUGUAUGUGUGAGCGCCAGCGCCACCGUCGAUCCCAUUUCACGCGUCGCCGCUUCGUCUCGCCGUCUCGCACUCUUCACAUGUGUGUGUGUGUGCGUGUGUCGCCAUCUCCCUCUGAUGCACCACUAGCCCGAGCAGCAGCAGCAGCCAAGGGGCCCAGGCAGAAACCACGCCAACUGUAUCCGUCAUCAAACAACAACAGCAACAACAACAACAACAGCAACACACAGAAAACGCAUUUCAUUGCCAACUACUGACGAAACGGUCAACGACAUUGCAACAUAGAAGCUACAAUAAAAACAACAGCAGCAACUACAACUAAAACUAAAAAAAACCGCUUUAAAGAGGGAGACUGCAGCGAGCCGCUACAAAGAAAAGCAAAGAAAAAUGCCCAAAUGCGAUGUGAAAACGCGUUACAUUCCUGCGACUUUCGCCUGGAUUGUGCUGCUUCUGACCACAUUUCUGUUCUUCUUUUAUCCCUGCCAGUACUACGUGAAGAGCCAUCCAUGGGUGCUGGCCUACCAGGGCGUGAUCACAUUCUUUGUGCUGGCCAACUUCACGCUGGCGACAUUCAUGGACCCGGGCAUUAUACCCAAAGCCUCACCCGACGAAGACUGCGAGGAGGAGCUGCGCGCCCCGCUCUACAAGAAUGCUGAGAUCAACGGCAUCACCGUCAAGAUGAAAUGGUGCGUCACCUGCAAGUUCUAUCGCCCGCCCCGCUGCUCCCACUGCUCCGUAUGUAAUCACUGCAUAGAGACCUUCGACCAUCAUUGCCCGUGGGUCAACAACUGCAUUGGCCGGAGGAACUAUCGAUUCUUUUUCUUCUUCCUCGUCUCACUCUCCAUCCACAUGCUGAGCAUAUUCUCGCUGUGCCUGGUCUAUGUGCUCAAGAUAAUGCCCAACAUCAAGGACACGGCGCCCAUUGUAGCCAUGAUACUGAUGGGCCUUGUGACCAUUCUGGCGAUACCCAUAUUUGGCUUGACCGGCUUCCACAUGGUGCUGGUCUCACGGGGUCGCACGACCAACGAGCAGGUCACGGGCAAGUUCAAGGGCGGCUACAAUCCGUUCUCGCGCGGCUGCUGGCACAACUGCUGCUACACACAGUUUGGACCACAGUAUCCAAGCUUACUCAACCCAAAGAAGUACGAAUCAAGGCGAUCGCAGACCCAGAAUCAGGCCAUUAGCACGAUAUGCAACGAUCGGACCAAUCAACAGAACAACUCCAGUGGUGCCGGUGGCAACGGGACUGCUGCUGCUGUCGGUAGUGCUGGCGGCGGCGGUGCCGGGGGCGGUAUGCGUGGUACAGCGGUGCAGUAUUCGCCCCGCUCCUACUACGAGUCAAGUCGGGAGAAGCGUGGAAUUCAGGUAAAGACUUAUAUGGCCGAGGGCAAUGGUUAUAAUCAACGGUCGGGCAGCACAACGCUUUACAGUAAGCUAUCGCCCGGUCGAGAGUGCUCCGACACGGAUCUGGAGCCGCCACCCGCCUCACAGAGCCAAGACUGCGAGCCGACGCCGCCGCUGCAGCGCCACAACUCGAGCAACUUCUACCUGCCGCAGGUGAGCGACGGCGGUGGCGUAAACGGCAGCAUAGCCACGGGCAUGCCCAACUCUCAGAGCACAGCCGGAGGCGGAGGAGGCGACUCGCCCCGACACAUGCGCCUCUACCAUCCGCGCCACAGUCCGCACGCGCGGCCCAGGGGUCUGGAACCACAGCGCGGCUACACGAGCGAUGCUCUAUCGCCGGAUCAUCCCGGUGGCGUUGGCGUCAGCAUUGGCUAUGGCGUCGGCGUCAGUGUCCAGCAGCAACAGGCUAUAGCGGCGGCAGCGGCUGCGGUGGCGGCGGCAGCAGCACAAAAUCAACGCAGCGGGACGACAACUGCCACACCCACCAUGCAGCAACGAAUUAAGCCGCUGGGCGUAGCAACGCCCCUGGUGAUGGCGAGUCCAGUGCGAAGAUCUAACCCGGGCACGCCUACGCAGCCGCGACGUCCCGAUUUCAUUGGCCUGAAUGCCCAGGCUGCGGCAGUAGCGGCGGCAGCAGCGGCCCAACAGCAACAGCAGCAACAACAACAGCAACAACAACAGGCAGCAGCGGCGGCUGCAGCGGCAGCCUACUACGAGUACACCAGCGGACUGCCGCCUCAGCAUCCCCAGGCGCCGACCAUCCAGCAGCAGCAACAGCUCCUGCUCCAGCAGCAGCGCGUUCUAAUGCAGCAUCAACAGCAAGCGUUGCAGCAACAACAACAGCAGGCUGCAUCUCAUGCGGCACAUCCGCAGCACGCAGCAUUGGCUCAGACCGCCUACGGGGGCAGCCCUCAGCGCCGCUUCCUCUCCGAAGGGGAACUGGUGCGGCAGGGACAGGGCGGCGGCAACGAGCUGUCCUACGCCCGCUCCAACAACACCGUGGAUAACAUACGCGAGCUGGCUGGGAGCCCCCAGCGCGGUGUCUACAUGUGGAAGGACACCUCACCAGGUUUCAGCAGCAACAGCGCCGGCGGGCCCGUCGGACAGCAACAACAACAGCAACAGCAGGCCACGGUCAGCGGCAUUGGCAGCAGUGCUGGCACGCUGCCGAGCAGCGGCAAUUCGUCCGGUGUGGUGCCGCACGCCCAAUACAUUACGGCUGGAGGAGGGACGCAUCCGCUCAUCAUGACGCACUCGCGUCUGCAAGACUACGCAGUUCAGCAGCAACAGCAGCAGCAGCACCAACAGGCAGCUGUGGCUGCGGCGGCAGCAGCUGCCUCAUAUCAUCGCUCGAACCCCACGAGUCCCACGACCAUGCCGCAGUCCUCCACAGCACAAACGGGCUACGUCCUGCGCUACGGGGGAGCUGCCGGAGGCAGCAGCGGUAGCAUUGCCAGCGUCUCGGCCAGUGGACCGUCAAUAGGUGGGCCAGUCGGGGGCGGUGGGUAUCAGCCAGCCCUCCGCGGAGGUGUCGCCGUCUUCCCGCCUAAUCCUCUGGUCGGUGUCAAUGUGAGCAGUGCAGCGGGAGCCCUGCAGACGCAACCCUCGCCACAAAUCAAGCGCAAGCAGACCCCGACACGGCCCAUGAGCUUUGUGCGCGCCCUCGAGAUGACCGACUCCAUGGAGAUGCAGUCCCUCGAGCACCAGCAGCACAACAACGGCGGCCUGCCCAGCGGCGUGGCAGCACCCGCCAUCGCGUCUCAGCCACAAAGCAAUGCGCAUCUCCUGCAGAAUGCCUCCAAUUCGGCAACGCCCGAUCGGGCCAGCAUCUACGACAUGAACUACGAGAUCUCCGUAUAACCCGUGGUUGUGCCCGUUCUCCUAAUGCCACCCGCCUCCAAAAGCAGUAACCUCACUGCCCCAGCUGCAGCCACAAUCGCAUCCGCAGCCUCAGCCCCAGCUCAACCAACUGCUGCUCCCAACCAGCAGUUCUUCUGCCAACAUCAGCAUCAGCAGCCACAGCCGGAGCAGCAGCACCACCACCAGCACCAGCAAUUGUUGGAGCCGGCGGCCUAUGCCUCGGUUCCAGUGCUGCCCGUAAAUCAGCAGAGCAACGGCUUUGGCAGCUACCAUCACAAUUCGCAUCAGCAUCCACACCAUCCGCAGACGCAGACGCAGCCGCAGCAAAUUCACAACCAAAACCACCAGAACCCUCAAAUGCCGAACAAACGCAAAUUUUCAACCUUCUUUUGAGUUGGUCAUCGAGCCCAGUUUUUUUUUUCGUUGUUUUUUUAAUUGUAUAUAUCUAAGUUAUAUACAUAUGUACAUAUAUACCAGAUAUGUGUGUAUAUGGACCGCUUGCGUACUGCUGUUGUAGCUAUAACUAUUAUUAUUAUGUAUUUCUAUGCUCUGUUUUUAUGAUUAUUCGGUUUUACACGAUUCAUUUGAGAAUUGAUUAUUUUCGUCAUUCUUUAGCAUUUAUAUGGUCAACGUAGUAGGAAGUCAGCAAGGAAAUAUCAAAAAGGAACCAAAACAAAAUACGAACGUGCACAUGAACAUGAAAAGAAAAGAAAGGCUAAAAUUGAGAUACUUUGUACACGUAUGCGUAUGGCUUUUACAGGGCGUUUCAUAGCUGUGAGAAUGUUGAACGAUUAGAUUAGGUAGAUGAUCGUAUUUCUACUGGCUAAAAGCAGACUAAACUCUGUGGGUACUUCUUAGGUUCUCUCAGAACUUGGUCUGCUUGGUCAUAUGGUUGUGUAGCGAACUGUACAUCUGUACUGUACAUAAAUACAGAGUACAUACUCUUAAAAGUCGCCAAACGAAAAAGCAAGUUUACGUAUAUUUAAGGCAGUGUCUUAAGAAAUUUUAGUCUAUGUAUACCAUAUAUAUGUAUGCCAUAUAAUGUAUAUAUAGGAGUAAUAUAUAUGUGUAACUCAUGUGCUAUGAUAGUCCGUUUUUUGCUUAGAAUCUAGAGAGUAUAAAUGUCUAUACUAUAUCUGUGUAUCCCAAGUGUGCAGGGCGUUUCAUACCCAAAAGAAAGGCGUGAUUUCUGUGAAUUUGAUCAUAAUGCAUACAUACAAUAUGUAUGUAUGUAUCUGUUCAUAUCGAUUCAGACCAGACCAACUUGAUUUUAAAUUGGCAUCACUCGCAAAAUUUUAUGGAAAGGAACUGAUUUAUUUUGACCAAUUGAACCCCUCCAAAUCUCCCUUUCAAUACCUGACUACACCUAAUAAAUCACAACAUACGAUAGCAUAGCUUAGCCUUCAUUCGAUAAUGACCAAUUCGAAGACCAACUAAUUUUUAAAACUGUUCUAUUCAAAUGUUCACUAAAUGUCAUAUGGAACUUAAUUUGGUAGGGGAGUGUCAGGUAUCGUGGCGUGUAAGGUAUGGUGGCGGACAUCUGAAACGCAUUACCACUGUGGUCGAUGUCUUUUAUCGUGCUGACAUUUUAUAUGCAGUAUUAUUAUUUUUCUAAAUUCGCGCCGUAUGACUGUGACACCAUCAAAAAUAUUGAUUUUUGAGAGAGAGAUGCAAAAAACAAAGUGUUUGCCACCAUACCUUGCACUCCCCUACAUAAACUUCGCAAAGAAUUGAUUCCUCUUCAAAAUAGUUAUUUUGCAUUAAACUUCCUUUCAUAAUUAAUUCUAUUUAAUACAUGACGUUCGAUUUUAAAAUAUCAUUCAGCUUACAAAUGUAUUUUAUUAGUUUUUUGUUCUGAAAAUUUCCUAUUCUUUCAUUGUUCGAAAAGUACUUUAUCAAUAAGAAAGCCAGACACCCAUUUUCACACUUCUAUUUAAAGUAAUGAUUUCGCUAACAAAAUGCAAUCUAUAGCUUUAUAGAUAUAUGUACAUACAUGUAUCUUAACAAUCCAUAGAAAGUUGAAAAUAAACAUUUGAGCUUCCCUACAGCCCUGAAGUGCACUGUAUAUGGUAACAGCCAACUCGCAGAUUAAAUUUCUCUAUUAUAAUUUGAAUUUGUUUUAAAUUUAAGAAAACCCGAAUCCGCAACCGCAUUGGUCUGUGUGUAACUUUAAUGUCGUCCAAUUCAAAUAAGUUUUGAUUUUCGUGUACAUAUGUAUGUAAGUUUAUGGGGUAUACGUACGUAAUACGUAACAGUACUGUGUAUGUACUGUGUAUCUAUAUGAGAUAUGUUAUGCGUGGUGGAGUGCAAACACAAUUCUUUGGUUCAAGCUUCCAGACUAUCCAUGUACGUACCAAUAUACUAUAUAUAUAUACGUACGUACCAUAUGUACAUGAUUAUAUGUAUAUACAUAGAGUUAAACUUUGUUGUUAUGUUUUUAAGAUAACUUAGCUUUUAUACCGAUCUGUGUGUAGGUAAUUACAUAUGUAUGUCCAGUCGUGUCCGUGUAGAUCGAUUUCAAGUGCGGAAAGCUGAUCCAUUUAUUUUGUUCCAUUAUAAAUUAACAAUAUAUUUAUUUAUGAUUUGCAUUCAUUUUGAUUCAGUUAAAAGAUCUGAACAAAUUCAAGAUAUCUAGAAAUUGUAAUAAAGUUCGCCAAGCACACACCUGGUCCAAGGGGAAUCUGCGACUGUAUGUAUGUAUCUACUUAUAUGUUUGUAUUCUGUUUGUUUACUGCAGCAUUUGGCGAAAGAUACAUAUACACAUAUAUACAUAGAUAGAUAGAUGUUUAAGGAAACAUCCUCAGACCCAACCACCCCCUCCCUGCCACUCACCACAUUGAUCAUGAAAAUUUGCAAGGAUUAAAUCUUGUAUAGACUAUAUAAAGGAUCAAGAGUAUGUAUAGCUAUAUAUACCAUAUUUUAAGCGUUUUUGCUAACAUAUUAAUUCAUGAAUUUGCAACAAUAUUUAAUAUUCAUACAGAAAUGCAUAUACAUACAUACAUACAUACAUCAAAAAACGAAAACCAAGAAAAAUAUAAGUAAUGUAAAAUGUACAGAUGCGGAGAACGAAAUUGUUUUAGAUUUUUAUACCAAAUUUUAUUAAUGCGAAACCGUGAAUUGUUUCAUUUUUGUAUUCCUGCCCCCUACUCCUUCCCCCGCCCUCUCCUCCUUCCCCGGCCCGCAAUGCUAGUAGGAAAAUAGUAUAUAGAGAGAGAGACCGAGAGAGAGCGGCUCAAAGAGAAGUCCCCGUCCAGGACGGAGCAGAAGCACGAUGAUCCUGAUCCAGAACCUGAUCCUGGAUGCUGACGGAAAUCCACGAGCUCUAAAUUGAAUUUUUUUUUUGUAUUCAAUACUUAAAUAUGUAAUUUGUAAAUGAUAUGACAAGUAAUCAAAUA